AUGAAAAGUAUAAUAGAAAAGAUAAAGUCUGAUGGUAAUAUUGAAGAAAGUCAACAUCAUCGAGUGACUAAUAAUCAGUCAUUUGAACAGAGAAAUGAAAUUAUCUUUAAACCUAAAAUAGGAACAGAACAACUCUUGAGAAAUGCAAUGAAUAAUAAUAUUACCUUUUUCUCACAAGAUUCUGGUUCUAUUGGUGUUACAGCUGAGGAAUUGAUGAAAGAAAAUUCAACAAAUUUGGAAAUAACAAAUACAACAGACCCAGAAACACAUACAGACACACAAAAAACUAUUUCUUAUACUGGAAUUGGAACUCUUAAAACUGAAACACCAUCAUCUCAAAAAACAAUGAUAUUCAAACCUAUAGAAGAUAUUGAAAAUGAAGACGCUUUGUCUGGUGAAAAAACUCUUUCUAUGGGAAGUUCUCUGGAUCGAGAUGAUGAUGAUAUUGAACAAUUUAAUAAUAAAAAAGGUAUGGAAGAAGAAAAUAAUGACAUUCUUUCAGAUGACCAUACUAUUGAAACACUUACAGCAGACUCUGAUAAUUCUUUAAUAGAAAGUGAUGAAGAAAAAAAUAAACAACAAGGAAAACCAAUUUUUUCAAAACAACCACUAACAAGAAUUGAAUCAAAGUAUUUUGAUGAAUCUUUAUUAGGAAAUGUUCCAACUAUUGAAAAAAUUGGUGGAACGGAAGGAGAAGAUUCUUACUUUAAGAAAACACAAAAAGAAGAAAUGAAACACAAUGGCUCAUUGAAGAAUCAAAACAAUACUUAUUUUCACACAGUUUCAAGUAAAUAUGAAGAUGAUAGUCUCUCAUCAAAAGAAACAAUUGCAUAUUCAUGUCAUUCAUUAAAUAAAAAAUACGACUCAGUAUGUGAAAGCACAACAGCAAAAGAAAUUGAAGAAUUAAAUGAAUUACUUGAAGAAAGAAAAAUUAAUAAAAAAUCAUUUUAUUUUGACCGAAGUGAUGAAGAAGAUGAAAAGUUAAAAACAAUUGCAGAAAUAUAUAACGAAGAAGAAAUGUUAAAUCAACCAGAGCUAAAUGAUAGUAAUGACUCAUCAAGAGAUACAAUUAUGACACUUGGAUUAAAUGAACAUAGGUUUCAACAAAUUGUAGAUUCUCUUGAUCUAUUUGAUGAAUAUAAUGAAUUAAAUGAAUUUGAGAGAGAAGCAUAUGCUAAACUAUUUGGUAAAGUUGGACUUUUAAAAGACCAUAUCCAAGUUGGAAGAAUUCAACAACCUACUCCAAGAGAAUUUCAUUCAUGUUGUGAAAAAGGAGAAAAAGAAGAAACUAUUAAAGAGUUUUGUUCAAGUUGUAGUUCAAUAGAAGAGCUUGAACUAUUCUUGAAAUCAACUUGUAGAGUUCUUGGACUGAACUGGGAUGAAAUGAAACAAUUUUUUAACACAGAGUCAUUAGGAAAAAUGAAAGAGUCAAUCAUUAACUUAUUUAAAGAGAUUGAAUUGAAUGAGUAA